GCGGUGGGCUGACCCCUGUUCCCCACCCCCAGAGACAUGCCAGCGUGGGUGGUGGGGCAUUUCCUGGGAUGGAUGACCCGGAUCCCUUAGCCAUGUUAGUCCUGUUUGAGAAAUGGGACCCUCAAACAGAGAGCAGCCAAGAUGACCAGGCAGUUUGCAGAUUUCCAGGGGAGUCCAGCAACGUAGCCAGCAUGGCCUCUGAAGACAUUGCCAAGCUGGCAGAGACACUUGCCAAAACCCAGGUGGCCGGGGGACAGCUGAGUUUCAAGGGCAAGAGCCUCAAACUCAACACUGCGGAGGAUGCCAAAGAUGUGAUUAAAGAGAUCGAAGACUUUGAUGGCUUAGAGGCUCUGCGCCUGGAGGGCAACACGGUGGGCGUGGAGGCAGCCAGGGUCAUUGCCAAGGCCUUGGAGAAGAAGUCAGAGUUGAAGCGAUGCCACUGGAGCGACAUGUUCACAGGGAGAUUGCGGUCUGAGAUCCCGCCGGCCCUGACCUCACUAGGGGAGGGACUCAUCACAGCUGGGGCGCAGCUGGUGGAGCUGGACCUGAGCGACAACGCGUUCGGGCCCGACGGCGUUCGAGGCUUCGAGGCCCUGCUCAAGAGUUCUGCCUGCUUCACCCUUCACGAGCUCAAACUCAACAACUGUGGCAUGGGCAUCGGCGGUGGCAAGAUCCUGGCAGCGGCUCUGACUGAGUGUCACCGGAAGUCCAGUGCCCAGGGCAAGCCUCUGGGCCUGAAGGUCUUCGUGGCUGGCAGAAACCGUCUUGAGAACGAUGGAGCCACCGCCUUGGCAGAAGCUUUUGGGAUCAUCGGGACUCUGGAGGAGGUCCACAUGCCACAGAAUGGGAUCAAUCACCCAGGUGUCACUGCUCUGGCCCAGGCUUUCGCCAUCAACCCCUUGCUGCGGGUCAUCAACCUGAAUGACAACACCUUCACUGAGAAGGGCGCUGUGGCUAUGGCCAAGACGCUGAAGACCUUGCGGCAGGUGGAGGCGAUCAACUUUGGGGACUGCCUGGUGCGUUCCAAGGGCGCUGUGGCCAUCGCAGAUGCAGUCCGUGGGGGCCUGCCCAAGCUGAAGGAGCUGAACUUGUCGUUCUGUGAAAUCAAGAGAGAUGCAGCUCUGGCUGUCGCAGAGGCCGUGGCAGACAAGGCCGAGCUGGAGAAGCUGGACCUCAAUGGCAAUGCGCUGGGAGAAGAAGGCUGCGAGCAGCUCCAGGAGGUGCUAGAUGGCUUCAAUAUGGCCAAGGUGCUGGCCUCCCUCAGUGAUGAUGAGGGGGAGGAUGACGAGGAGGAGGAGGAGGAGGAAGAGGACGGAGAAGAGGAGGAGGAAGAAGAGGAGGAGGAAGAGGAGGAGGAAGAGGAGGAGGAGGAGGAAGAGCCGCAGCAAGAGCAAGGAGAGGAGUCAUCCACACCAUCAAGGAAGAUUCUGGACCCAAACAGUGGAGAGCCGGCGCCCGUGCUGUCCUCCCCGCCUCCCGCAGACGUCUCUACUUUCCUGGCUUUCCCCUCCCCAGAGAAGCUGCUGCGCCUCGGGCCCAAGAGUUCCGUGCUGAUAGCCCAGCAGACUGACACAUCCGACCCGGAAAAGGUGGUCUCUGCCUUCCUGAAGGUGUCAUCUGUGUUUAAGGACGAAGCCACAGUGAGGACAGCAGUGCAAGAUGCAGUAGAUGCCUUGAUGAAGAAGGCCUUCAGCUCAUCCUCCUUCAACUCCAAUGCCUUCCUCACCAGGCUCCUCAUCCACAUGGGUCUGCUCAAGAGCGAAGACAAGGUCAAGGCCAUUGGCAACUUGUAUGGUCCUCUGAUGGCAUUGAACCACAUGGUGCAGCAGGACUACUUCCCCAAGGCCCUUGCACCCCUGCUGCUGGCAUUCAUGACCAAGCCCAACGGUGCCCUGGAGGCCUGCUCCUUUGCCCGCCACAACCUGCUGCAGACGCUGUACAAGGUGUAGGUGCGAAGCCGGCCUCUCCCCACCCCUUGGCCUGAACCAGUGACUUGGGAAGGGACUCAGAUGAAGGACUCUGGCCAGAGGCAGGGAGGGUCUUUGUCGCGUGUGUCGUGUCGGUCCCUGAGUAUGCGUGUCGGUGUGGUGAGUGUGCAGGUGUGUGCUUCCUGUCGGGGUUUGGGUUUUUAAUGUCUCCCUGCUGGACUGUCCCUGGUCCCACUGGAGGGGAGCAGGCCCCCCGUGAAAGGGCUGAGCUGCUCUGCCAUUAAACUCAUUACCACCGGAGGGCGCUCUGCUGGUGCGCGCCUCCAGCUCGUGGCCCCCUCGGCUGUCCCCUCCCACCUUGCCUUUCUGUCCCUUCUGGGCUGUGCCAGAGCCUGGGGAGUUGCUGUCUGUGCGUCGUCCCCUCGUCCCCUCCCUCAGUGCCAUGGCUGGGCUGCGCUUCAUGCCCUGCCUGGGGCUGCUCACUCAGUGGCUGCCUUUGCUUCCUGUCACUAAGCGCUGGUUCUAAAGCCACUGCCUUCCCCAGCGUCCAUCCCUGCCGCAUUGACCUCUGCAGCCUGAGGGGCAGAGUCUGCUGCAGGUGUGGGGCCAGGGGCAGUCAGCAGAAGGCAAGGCCCAGCUUCCUGCGCCACGGGGACAGGAGGAAAAGCUAGUGGUGACACAGGGUGUCUAGGAGCAGAAGUCAUGGGUAAAUGGUGCUGGCUCCAGACCACGGCCCGCCCUCCCCGGGCAGCUGAGAUGUCUGUGACUGGCCUGGGGGCCAAGCUGGAAGGGGCUCUUUGGCAGGCCCAACCCUGUUCUCUGGCCUGGGGGCGGGGGCAGGGCCCACUGAGCCUGAGCUGCGGCUUGGGUGCUCUUAAAGGACCUGGACAGGGUGGGGACUGGGCUGGAGCUGCCUCUGACGCUCUGUGCUUUUCCCUUUGUGCUCUUUGUGUGUCUGGGCUGUGCCCGGGGCUUCACAAAUAAAGUCAUAUGUGGCAACUGUG